AAAAUUUAUGGGAUAAAUUAGAUGAUACUAUAAUAAAUGAACAAAUAAUUAAUUUAAAUUUAGAAAUAGAUAUAGAUGAUAUAAAAAAUAAUGAAUUAGAUUUAGAUUGUAUAGAUCUUGAUGAUGAUGAUAUAGAUGAUACAGAUUUAAAUUAUACUGAAAAUAAUUAA